UAUUGCAAUCCCGGCUCGUCAUGGGCUUAGGAUCGCGCUCAGGUGCCUACGACUCAGUGCGCCGGAGCCACACGAGCAGCGCGCACGCACGCCGCCCCGCAGAACACACGCACAUCGAUAUUAAACACGAUAAUAUUAUAGCGAAACAUUUAAAAACAAAUGAAAACACAGAGACUUGCACGAAGUUACUGAAGAUUUUAAUGCAGUAGAUCCUAAAGAGGAUAAUCUGCUAAACAGUGAAAAUAAGGACGGUUUUCUUGGAAAUUUACUUGAAUUUGAAAAGAUCCAACAAGCGAAGGAUCAAUCUGAAAGAUAACUUUUCAGUGAGUUUGUAAACGCGUGUAAUAAUUUCGUUAAUAGUGACAGUGGAAAGUGAAGUGACAGACAAUUUAGAAAUUGCGUUGUUUGAUAUUCAGUGAUACAUAAUGAAAGUCCUGACAGUAGAAGACAAAGUCGCAAGUGUUGGGAACGAGAAUGAGCCGACCGUCGUGGUUGACACGCAGAAGUUGACCAAGGAGGAAUUAAACAAGGGUUGUCCUCUUGGUGUCUCUCGUGUCACCUCAUCUCUGUACGUGUGCGGCGCCCAUGCUUUGCCGGGAGCUGUGAGGGUGCUGCACCCUGGCCUCAUCGUCAGCGCGGCCCCUGAACUGCCGCCACCACCAGAAGACUAUGUCCCGAGGCAGUUCGUUCCUCUGCUAGACACACCCAAUUCCGAUAUGCAUCCAUACAUGGAAAGUGUUGCAGACCUGAUUAAUGAGGUUAUUUGCAAUGGAGAAGUGGUGUUAGUUCACUGCGUGGCUGGCAUAUCCAGAUCGGUCACCCUCUGUUUGGCGUACCUCGUCAAAUGGCAGAAGAUGACCUUGAGGGACGCCUAUUACCACAUGAAGCAAAGACGACCGCAAAUCCGACCGAACACCGGUUUCUUCAAGCAGCUGAUCAAAUUCGAAGAGAGACUUUUCGGAGAGCCUUCCGUCAAGAUGGUGUACUGUGAAGCUAUCGACAAGGAGAUCCCAGAUGUAUACGAGGCUGACUACAUCGGCAUGACCUGGUUCAGGCAGAGAUACGGACCCAUUGAGAAAUGUUAGAGUAUCGUAAGAAAUGUUAGGACAUAGGAAAGGAUAACUGUGAUUACUUUGAGCGAAGAGGAAAGAAAGGUUGGCAGUGGAAGGCGAAGAAUGACAAUAAAUAUAAGACUGACCGAAUGAAUGUAUUGGAUAAGGAUGCAAGUGAAUCAGAUGAUGUCGCUGUGUGUUGAGUUUCUACAGGAUUAGGAAGAGUAAAAUCAGAAAAGCAAUAAAAAUAAUUUGUUCUGUAGAUGUAACUGAGAAAUGCUCGUGUGUUUGCACUUUUAUAUCUCGCAACUUAUUGGUUGAUAAAAAUAAUGUAAGAGUAACAUUUACGUAUUAAUGAUACUUUAUUUAAGCAAUGUGAUAAAUAAGUUAUUGUAAACAAUUAACAUAAGGUAUCGCUUACCAAUAAAUUUGUAUAAUUUAUUAUGGGACCAAAAUAAAUAAGUGUUUAUUUA